AUGGCGGGCGCUCCGCGGAGGGCUGGAGCUGAGGGCGAGGCGCUGCGGGAGCGGCUGCGGCUGAUGCGAGCGGACAGAACGCCCGCCGCCGGGAAGCCGAGCCGCAUCCCCCGCGGGCCCUACGCCGAGGUGAAGCCGCUCAGCAAAGCCCCCGAGGCGGGCGGAGGCGGAGGAGGAGGGGGAGGCAAGUGCGACGACGAGCUGCUGGGCGGCAAGGGGCCGGCGGCGGCGGGGGCCGAGGAGAAGGCGUACCUGAAGGUGGACCCCGAGCUGGUGGUGACGGUGCUGGGCGACCUGGAGCAGCUGCUCUUCAGCCAGAUGUUGGACCCUGAGUCCCAGAGGAAGAGGACGGUGCAGAAUGUUCUGGACCUUCGGCAGAACCUGGAGGAGACCAUGUCCAGCCUGCGGGGCUCCCAGGUGUCUCACAGCUCCCUGGAGAUGACGUGCUAUGACAGCGACGAAGCCAACCCGCGCAGCGUCUCCAGCCUGUCGAACCGCUCCUCGCCGCUCUCCUGGCGCUAUGGGCAGUCCAGCCCGCGGCUGCAGGCGGGGGACGCGCCGUCGGUGGGGGGCAGCUGCCGCUCCGAGGGCACCCCGGGCUGGUACAUGCACGGCGAGCGGGCGCACUACUCGCACACCAUGCCCAUGCGCAGCCCCAGCAAGCUGAGCCACAUCUCCCGCCUGGAGCUGGUGGAGACGUUGGACGGCGACGACGUGGAGCUGAAGUCGGGAUAUAUGAGCGACAGUGAUUUGAUGGGGAAGACCCUGACGGAGGACGAUGACAUCACCACGGGGUGA